AUGCCUCAAUUAAUAUCCUCCUUGGCUCUUCGGGCCUUGCGGACUCUGGUCCAACGCCCUACACUAUCAGCGACACCUCUUCGCAGCUUGACGACCUCCACCGCUGGUGCCUUCGCCCGCCGCGCAGCAACCCCGAUGACCGCCCGCUUCGCUUUCCACCCCGUCUUCCGCACCCAAACUGCCCUCUCUCUCUCCGCCGCCACUGCCCGUCGUCAAUUUUCCAGCUCGCCCAUAGUUCGCGCCACUUACAACCAAGUGCGCCGCGGGUGUCGGGGCGGCCAGCGCGCUCGGCGGUCGCGCUCGCCCGCGCUGAAGGACCACCCAUCGAUGAAGGGUGUGUGCAUCAAGACCGGUAUCACCAAGCCCAAGAAGCCCAAUUCUGGUGAGCGAAAGACGGUCCGUGUGCGUCUGAGCUCGGGCAAGGUCGUCAGUGCCAUCAUCCCCGGCGAGGGCCACAACAUCCAGCAGCACAGCGUGGUCCAGGUUCGUGGUGGUCGUGCCCAGGAUUGCCCUGGUGUGAAGUACCACUUGGUUCGUGGCGCGAUGGAUCUGGGUGGUGUUGGAAGCCGGGUGACCAGCCGGUCUAAGUACGGUACCAAGAAGCCUAAGGGUAACUAA